AGGAAGGGAAAGGGACAUUUCUAUCGCAUCGUAUAAGUAUGCAACCGGUUUUCUACCCAUUUUAGUCCUGAACCAAUUGUCCUCGAGGAUAUACACUGUAAAUAUUGUGUCCUCAAUUCAUUUUUCUAUGGUGGAAGUCUAUCCUUUUCUCUGAGAAACUAAAGGUGAGAAGCUCACUGUCUCGGCCAAGGACUCGACCCUACAGAAAAAGCCUGGGAGAAUUCUACAUUCAUAGUGACUAUGCCGUAAUUACUACUUCCACGUUGCGUUGAUUCCCAGCAUUUUCCUGAGAAGAAAGGACUUGUACAUGAAGCAUAAUCUGUUAUUAUCGCAUAAGAGAUGUGUUUUGGUCAACUGGGUUAUUCUGGAAGAGAUUGGUGGUAAAUGACAGUUGAAACACGACAGUAUAGCGACGUGCAUACGUAGACCUUGAAAUCUUUGAUAAUGUCUUCAGAUGCAGCAUCCCUUCAUGCCUUAGAGAUGCUUAUGAAUGAAUUUUUUUCUUCUUGUACGGACAACAAUCGGAAAAGAGAAAUAGAACAAGUUUUACAAAACUUUAGCCAGCAGUCUGGAGCAUGGCACCACUGUGUGUAUUUUAUGAACAACUGUUCAAAUCAGUAUGUCCUGAUGUAUGCAGUUUCAGUGUUUGAGAAUCUCAUCAAUAAACAAUGGAUAGGAACACAAGCAGGAGAUAAGGCUGAGGUCCGUCAGUUUCUUAAUGAUUAUCUCUUGUCAUAUCACAAGAAGCUGCCAUCUUACAUCAGAAACAAGCUUAUAAAAGUUAUUGUUGAUGUUGGAAGAGUUGAUUGGCCACAUUUCUAUCCAAACUUUUUCUCAAAUAUUAUUGAGUUGCUCCAGCAACCUUCAACAGUGGCAUUAGGCUUGCUCAUGCUUCAGACAACAUCAGAAGAAUUAGCCUCACCCAGGGAGGAUUUGAGUAUUGCUAGAAAGACUGAAGUACACAGACUUUUGCUCAAUGAUGUUCCUGGCAUCCUCUCUCUAUUGACUCAUUUAUUGGACAGAGUCCUAGAAAAACACCGUCGACUUGCAACAACAGUUACCCCACCUCCUUCUCCUACUCAUGGAAUAUCACCAGCCAGGAGUUCUAGUCCUACAGUGUCUGGAUCAAGUUCAUUAUCAAUGUUUACUUCAUCGCCCUCGGCAGAUCAGUCACUCCAACAUGCAGGGAGUAGUAAUCUCAUGGGACGAUUAUUUAGUAAUUCACCAAUGAAAUCUAGACAGAAUUUAGGACAUCCACUGCCACCUUUGGAAUUGGAAUCUGAAGAGAUCAGUUCUCUAGUACUUAAAUGUUUAGCACAUCUGUUUAGCUGGAUCCCUCUGUCUUCUACCAUUACACCUUCACUUGUGUCUACUGUGUUUUAUCUUGCGGAGUUUGGCUGCAGUGUAGUUCCAUCCAGCUCUGGAGGCAGUGUUGUCAGUAAUGCGGAACUAGGUGUCUCAGCAAUGACUUGUAUUAAUGAACUGUUGUCUAAGAAUUGUGUGCCUGUAGAAUUUGAGGAGUUCUUGCUGAAGUUGUUUCAGCAAACAUUUCAGCUGUUACAGAGAAUAACAAAGGAUACAGGUGCUCAAGCAGUGGAAAAUCUUCUCACAGAACAAGAUGAAAGUUACUUGAAUAAAUUUACUGAGUUUUUGAGACUUUUUGUGAGUAUACACUUGAGAAGAUUUGAAAAUAGUUCCCAUUUCCCAGUUCUUGAGCUGUUGACAUUACUCUUCAAAUAUACUUUCAAACAGCCUCAGUUGGAAGGCUUUUUCGCCUGUUUGGACAUUUGGACUGUGUUUCUAGACUACCUUAUUGGAAAAGUUGCAAAUGCUAGAAGUGAUAAGCUUGCAGAAGCUGACGCUACUGUCAGCAGGUAUAAGGAAGUGUUGCUGAUGUUGAUAACUGAGCUGCUGAAGAAAAUUCAAUUCCGACAUAAUCGAAAGCAACUUGAGGAGUUGGAUGAUGAAACGCUAGAUGAUGAUUCUGAAACAGAGUGGCAAGCAUUUCAAAGAAACUGCCUUGAAAUUGUCGCUAAGUUAGCAGAACUCCUUCCUGGAGAGACAUUCUCACUGCUGUUCCCUCUAUUUAGUGAAUAUUGUGAUGUGUACAUUGGUCUUGGAGACUAUGUCACCAAAACUGCACAUGGCCUGCAACUAGGGAUCAGUGGUGAAAAUGAAUGUCUUCAAUUGCACUGUACACUCCGAGACUUGUCCACCAUGGAGCGUGCACUGGGACGACUGUCAGAACACUUUAUUGGUGAAGUGAAUUUUGCCAACAGAUUUAGUGAUGGGGAGGCUAUUGUUGAAAGACUUGGACAGAUUGCACUGUUUGGCACACAAAGUCAGUUGUUUGCAGCUCAUACAGCCAUGCCUAAUGUUCUUCAACCCGACCUCAUUGAAGUCCACGCCCAAGGACUUGCUGCAUUUCAAGCUUACUGUCACUGGAUGGCGCAGUAUUACUUGGAAACCUACAGACAACAACAGCAUCAAGAAAAGUUUGUGACGCUUGUCUCAAAUGCAAUUGAUUCUCUGGUUCCUUUGAUAAACAAGGAAGUUCCUCAAAGGGUUUCGUUACCAGCUUCCCAUCUUCUCAACUCAUUAGCAACAACAGUUCGUCCAUCAUUUAUGACUGCCCUGGAUAAAGUACAGAAGCUCUUCCAUGAUGUUAACAGUGGUUCAUUAUCUGACUUGCCACUUGAGGUCCAGACCUUAGUUAUACGGUCUUUGUCAAAUGCUUUGGUGUUACCUUGGCCAAAUAAAGCUGAUAAUGAACAGGAAUGGGAAGUUCGCUCUCAAAGUCAUCACACCUUAAUGCAGAGCAUCAAACAACCUUUAAAAAGUAUCGUGGAAACACCAGGUUUCUCUGGAAACAAACAGCUACAGGAAAGUGCCAAGCCUCUUCUUCACUUCACCCUACACGUGCUGGCUGAUUUGAUGUCUGCCGCAACAGAAGACCAGGUUACCAAGACCAAACUCAUUCUGUACCAGUCCAUCUCAGAUGUAGUUCAAAUCACAAUUACUAUUUUUCCGGUGUAUAUCCACUAUCCAGAUACAACUGAUGAGAUUCUAGGCUUCCUUCUGACGUUGUUCGAGAGUUUGAAGGUUCAACUUGGUCCAGCGGUGACGGAACAGAUCGUUCAACCACUGCUUCACACCUUCACCCGCCAGCAGUUGUCCGAAACACUGCAUCACGAGAGUACAGCCGGCUCGCGCGUCAUCAACAACUUCUUGAAAAUCCUGCAGCUGUUGGUGCAAGAACCUGCUGCAUCCUUCAAGGCUUUUCUCCCUAAUAUUAUCGGAUUAUGUAUGGAGCAGUUGUAUCCAAUUUUGGCUGAGCAACCAUGCCCCGACAUAAAAUGCGAAUUUUACGAGUUACUCCAUCAAUUACUACUGCACAACUGGCGUUACUUUUUCCGUGCAUCUCUGCUGGCCAAAAUGUCGAUGGCAGAAGAGACUGUGGAGAACCAGGCUCAGUUUAACUCCAUAAUGCAGGCCUUUGGACAGUCUUUUCUUCAACCAGACAUUACAGUAUUCAAGCAGAACAUUGAAGCAUUAGAAAAUCUCAACUCCAAGUGUAAACUUUAUCAAAAGCGCAUCUUUAAAGAAAGCAUGCUUCUUCAGUUCGUGAACGUCUUCCUUCAAGCGCUAGUUUUUAGGUCACAUGAUCUGUUACAAGAAGAGAUCACGAUUACUCUGUACAAUAUGGCGGCUGUGGACUUUGACUCGUUUUACUCAGCGUUCUUGCCUCAGUUUCUUGGUGGCUGUGAAGGGCUUACCGACUCACAGAAGACUGAGUUGGGAAACAAUUUCACACCCGAUAAGGACUUGCCAUCUUUUACUCAGAGUAUUCACCGAUUUGUCGGAGACUUACGGUACUACAGACUCUGCAACAGCAGCCUUCCCUCAGGCACCGUCAAGUUUUAGUACAAAUUUAUUUAAACAGAAAAGAAAUUCAUGUAUUUUAAGGUUGUGUAAAGUAAACAAUAUUGACCACUUUGCAAUUUAUACCGAGUAGCUUGGACUCGUGUAAUUUAUAAACCUGUAACUAUUCUUGUGUCGUUUAAGCUAGUGUAAUUAAGUUAUGACAAUUGUACAACGAUCCCCAAGGUGGUAAAAGGUGGAACGAGUCUCUGCUGAAAUGAAUAUACUGUAUAUUUUUUUAUAUUUACAAAAUUGGUACAGUGUAAUUUGUAAAGAAAGUGAGAUAGAAUAAUUUUCCCAAAAAAGUCUUGAUUAUGCGUUAAUUUUAUCAGUGAAUAAAAUGAAUUUCAGUGGAUUUUAUUCUCAACCUCAUUCCUCUGAACGUUAUGCUAGUGAAUAGGAAAGAGAGGUGAGGAAAAUCUUGUUGCAGCAUUUGCAAGUGAUUUGUACAAGGUGAGUCUUCAAAGGUAUAUUUAAGUUACUCCCCAUUUUGUCGAAGGCCUGAGUCUGAAAUCGGGCUCGUUUGUAUGCAGCCAGAGAUUGCCGGCGAGAUUUUUCUGUGAUGCCUUUGCGUGGGUCAUUUUUUACAUACAGGCUUCAAGGAGUGGUUGGUAACAAGAUCGGAAUCACACCUUUUAUGACAUCAUCUCAUCUUGACUCAUUCUGAUGCCCACCAAAUGUUUCAUUUACAUUGCAAAUUUGUUAAUCCUCAUUUGAUAUUCAUCUUACUGAGUUUUGCAAAGAUCUUUGCACGCGCAGCUCAGAACUUGGCUUUUCUGCUUGGUUUUGAGCUCCUUGCCUUUAGUUACAGUUUAUGUUGCAGACAAAUAAUCCGCAGCAUGUCAUCGACAGUCAUAAUGGCUGGCAGUUGAAGCUAAAUUGUUGGUCUGUAGCAUUUCUUUUAAGUAAUGAUCCUUGCACGUGGCCGGGUCGACUCAGUCAAGCCAUAAAGAAACGAAGUCUUGGUCUUCUCUGAAUUCACCUUACGAAGGAUCCUCCGAAUCCGAUGGCAAGACUAUGUCAGCACCAAGGAGCUACUGGAAAAGGCAGGCAUGAAGCCACGUCUCGUAGAUGGAAACUGAUUGGUCAUAUUCUUAGGAAAGAUCGUAAUAAUGAUUGCAAUGUUGCUAUUAGCUGGGCGCCAGAAGGUAAAAGGAGAAGGUGAAGACUAAACACCACCUGGAGACGUGCAGUGGAGAAAGAAAGGCAAGAGGCAGGUUGGAGGUCUUGGAAGGUGCGGACUGCAGCAACCAAUCGAGAGGAGUGGAAAAACUCUGUAAAGGCCCUAUGUGCCACGAGGCAUGAAAAGGAUUGAUGAUGAUGGUGAUGAUAUUCCUUUACCCGUCACGGAAAAUAACUUUUGAGAUUCUUCCUGUUCAUACAACUUAGGUUUGCUUGUCUGUGCGAGUACAAUGUUUUCGUCUUAACUUGAUACUUGCGAAAUAACCAAGGGAGGAGGUUAUGAUAAACACAGCAUGUGAGAACAAUUUUUUAACAAUACUGCCUGCGUGCAGAGGAUUUAGAAAAAGAUUAAUUGAUUCGUUUUAUAUUUUUUUCGGGUUUGAAUGAAUAAUGUUUAAAGAUUCAAAGAAAAGAAUUACCAGUCUGUUCAAGAAAUAAAAUUUACUGAAUAAAGUCUAUCGAA